AUGUCAUCGUCUCCCGACAAUGGAAACCCGAGUAGCACCGAUAACAGUGGCUCGGGUGAUUGGAAAGAGACUUUAAACACAAUAAGAAGAUCGGGUGAAGUUGUCAAGGAGAUUAAAACAUUACUCGGCACACAGCCCUCGCGCUUCACGUUCGAGACUCUGCUCGAUGCCUCUAAUGGCGCGGCAAUAAUCGUCAGGGAGACACUACCCAAUGGUGAAGAACGGAAAUUUGUCCUUAAGGCAGCAGCCAAUUGCACCGAUGCAAGUAUCAGGGCUGAGAGCGCAUGGGUAAACCGACUUGAAUAUGCCGCCCACGUGAGUAACCCUAUUCACCUAAGUAACACUCCGCUUCUACACCUUGGAGCGCCCUACUUCAUAGCGGAGUAUCUCCCACAUGGGACGCUUGUUCGAUUCCAAGAAAGGGCGAUAAAAGCUAAAUUGCCCUUACCGAACCGGAUUCUGUGGUCCAUAUUUCUUUGCCUGGUACGAGGCUGCAUUGCAAUGGCUUACCCUCCCAAAGGGCCAGAUACACAGCUAGAGCAUACUCGAGAUGAAGAGCCGUCAAGGCUCACCCAUAACGAUAUGCAUGGAGCGAACUUCGUUUUUGGCAUGGUCGAAAAGACGAGGCUUCUAUCUAGGAACGGUACUGUGUAUCUCCACGAACACGCCUUUUUGCCGCCAUUGAAGCUCAUCGACUUCGGUCUAGCAUCAGAGACGGGCCCACAAUCCCCCAGGGAGUUAAAUCAACGUUUAUAUCAGGAACAUGAUGUUUUCCUAGGUUUGCCGAACCUGCGGGAACCAGUAGGAAGACGACACGAAGGCACCGAUUUCAACAUUCUCGAUAUCGGGGUUGUAAUGGCUCGAGUUAUGAGUGGGCACAUAAUCGGUCAGCUAUACGAGGCUCGUAUAUGGUCACGAAGCCUCAACGUUCGUCCUGACCUAGAUCCUGACCUCCGGCUCUUGAUUCAGGCGUGUCUUGCUGUUGAUCCUCUCACCAGACCUCGAUUGGAGGAGUUCAACACGAUGAUUAAUAAUGGCCUCUUUAACAAGACGGCGGAGCAUUAUGGGGCAGCUGGACAGGGGGACGGACCGGAAUCGGAUGCGACGUUGAGACGUAUCGUGUCCACGUGUAUCCUUGAUGCGGAUGUAUCUUGAGAUAUCAGUAUACUUUGCGACAGGUAGGUACUAGAAACCCCACGAGACC